CAAUGGCCUGGCCUUCCUCUUGCUGACAUGGCCGUCGCCCGCGGCAACCGGGCCGCAGCCGAGGGAGGCGAGGCAGCGCACCAGGCCGCAGCCUGAAGCAGGGGGGCUGGCAAGGCCCUUUCCCGCCCCACUUGCUCCCCUUCCUCUUCCCCCUCCGAGCCAGGAUUUGUUCAGCAAAACAAAAAGAGAGAAAACAAGCCAGGAAAAGACCCUUGCGGGCUGUUCUGUCCCUUUUCCUCAUCUCAGGACAAGAAAAUAUGUUGAAUGAUCAAGGUAGAACCCAUGUCUGAAAUUGGGACCGGCUGUUAGUGGAGAGCACUUUCCCACCCUUUUCCAGAAUUCUUUCACCUGUGGACUGGAGUAAUUCAGCUAAGUUGGUGUGCCGAGGAAGGACUUAUGCCUUUGACGUUUGGAGUAAAAAAAGUUGCUCAAGGACACUUGCCACAAGGACAUGCCUCAUCAUCCAAGUGUAGACAUAAGUAGUGGCGACACCUGAGGAGGAAGCAGCUACGGAGACACAAAGCACACAUUUAAAAAAUGCCAGACGAAAGGAGCAGUCGUCUCUUCAACCGAAUAUCUCAUGCAGGCUCAUUUUUCACUAUCAAAUUCUUCGUUUUUUGUCAGGGGUUUCUGCAGUUCUCUCAGCUGCUGACGUCUAGCCUUGUGAAAAGCUCCAUUUCCACAAUCGAGAAGCGCUUUGGACUGUCGAGCCAGAUGGCAGGCACCGUGGUCUCCUUCAACGAGGUGGGGAACACGCUGCUGAUCAUCUUUGUGAGUUACAUGGGCUGCAGAGUCCACAGGCCCCGCUUCAUUGGCUAUGGGGCCGUCCUCGUCUCCAUUGCUGGUCUGGUCAUGUCACUUCCUCACUUUAUCUCGGGACCCUACGAAUAUGAUCGCUCCGUUACUGGUUCUGAAACUACCACUUCAGACAUAUGCCUCCCAAACCGGAAUGAGACAGAAGUAUGCACUAAAUCCGAAAAGAAAGAAACCCAAGUGGUUGUGAUGCUGCUCUUACUUGGGCAGACCCUGCUGGGGAUUGGCGGGGUCCCCAUCCAGCCCUUUGGCAUCUCAUACAUUGAUGAUUUUGCCAGUAAGAGCAACUCCCCUCUCUAUAUAGGAAUCCUCUUUGCUGCAACUACCGUGGGUCCUGCAUUAGCAUUCAUCGUGGGGGCAGCUACGUUGCGCUAUUUUGUUGACAUCGAUAAAAUUCCCGCAUCUGACAUUCACAUUAAUAACAAAGAUCCACGAUGGGUUGGAGCCUGGUGGCUCGGUUUCAUAAUUUCCGCCAGCGUGGUCGCCAUUGCUUCAAUACCUUAUUUCUUCUUUCCAAAAGAGCUGCCUAGAGAGGAAGAGUCGCCCCAGAACAGCCCUUCAGAAGCUCAAAACAACGACUUCCUACCCGAAAAAAGUAAAGAAAAAGAACUGAAAGACUACACUCUGAAACAGUUCAUCGGAAUGUUUCCUGUGGUUUUCAUGAGGCUGAUGAAGAACCCCAUCUUGGUUGUGGUCAUCUUGGCCAUGGUCAAUCUCUCUGGCAUGAUUGCUGGCAUAGCAACCUUCAUGGCCAAACUGCUGGAGAGGCAGUUCUCCCUGUCCGCAUCUGUUGCCAACAUGAUCCUAGGAGCUAUCAACAUCCCGAGUGGCAUGUUCGGAAUCGCCCUUGGAGGUGCCAUCAUAAGGAACUGCCGCCUCUCCCUCACCCAGAUCGCCCUGAUGAGCGUAAUCAGCAUGGGUCUCUGUACCAUCUGUGACGUGCCGCUCUUCUUCUUGGGCUGCCAGACGCAGACGGUGGCAGGACUUGACCUUUCUGGAAGUUCUGGAAUUGAGGAACUUGUUUUCGAUUGUAACCACAUGUGCAAAUGCUCCCCGUCAGCCUAUAACCCUGUGUGCGGUGCGAAUGGUAUUGAAUACAUCUCCCCUUGCUACGCUGGCUGCACGGGGCUAAAUAUCGAAUCCGAAACACAGAAAGUUCUGAACUACACCAGUUGCAACUGCAUUGUUGUCGACGGCGGCUAUGGAUACGCUACACCUGGGAGCUGCAGCUUCCACUGUUCCAAAUUCCUGAUGCCUUUUGUGACCAUCGCCUCCUUGUCCACCUUCCUGGGGAGCCUCGCACACACGCCGGGCUUCGUGCUUGUUCUGAGAAACGUUGACCCUGAAGAUAAGUCUUUUGCCAUUGGGAUACAGUUCCUCAUGCAGAGAGUUCUAGCCUGGUUGCCUGCCCCAGUGGUGUACGGUAGCCUCAUUGACACAGCCUGCGUCCUGUGGCAAUACAAGUGCCAAAAGAGAACAGCCUGCAGAUACUAUAACAAUGUAUUAUUCCGGCACAGGUUUGUUGGCCUUCAGAUUUUUUUGGAAGCAAGCUGCUUUGCAUUGCUUUGCAUUCUAUACUUCAUGUUAAAAAAGAAGGAGAGUGGAGCCCGCAGAGAAUCUGGCACCAGCUCUCCGUCAGUGGUCCAGGAGUCAGCUGCUUGACCAAUGCACCAGAAGCAAUUUCUAUUCCACCAAAAGAAGAGGCCGAGCUGCAGAGGUUAAGCAUGAGUCCCAGCUGCUAUGUGAACAGAACGAGACUGAAGACAGAGGAGACUUCCUCGUGCUGUGUUUUGGCACUUUUAUCCGUUCCUUCUUUUGUACAUACUACUUGGUGUUAGCUGCCCAAGUGCCAUUUGGCAAAGGGCAAGAUAUAAAUAUUAUACAUAAACAUACAACCCACCUGUCAGUAAUAAUAGGAUCCCCAAGCUGAUCAUUAGACACUGCAUACCACCUUGGGUGCAACGUCUUAUAUUUCCUUCCUGGAGGGAGGCCUGUGGUUCUGUUUUGCUGGUUCAAGAUGAAGAGCAGUGGGAAAUUGGGCAACGGCACCAGCAAGAGGAGGCUGCCUUUUUCUGCUACAGAGAGAAGGAGACUCUUUAUGGUUGAACCCUUCUUAUCCUCAUGGAGGAAGCAGCGACGCCCUACAAUUUCAUCACGAUAUCCCCUUUACGUAUAGUAACAACACAGGGAAGUGGCGCCUUAAUGUGCCCAUUUUACGGACAGAGAACUGAGAUAACGACCUCGUCCAAGAGAGUCGGGUGGACUGGCUGUUCUAAACCCCGACGCUGUCACUACUGGAUUACAUGGACUCUCAAAGAAGAGAACCAGUAAGGGCUGGGACACUUCCUUCCAGGAGUAAUUGCUUUUGUAUAAAAGAAAGCUUACAUUGACAAUAAUAUAUCCUGUGGCAUUGUGUGUUUAUUAAAAGUUUGUGUCAGUUACACUGGGGCAAGUUAGUCUGACUCCAGGGGAAGUGUUGUUUGGAACAUGUCAUGUUAUGGUGAGUCUACAGAAGUCAUCACACUUGCUCCACGAUUGGGUCAGGAAAGUGCAGGAACGGGUAUGGGGUGCUUUGUUCAACUUCUGGAGAAUCUCAACUGUCUCAGCUGAAGUGUGUGGGUCGAGGGAUGGUCAGAAGCUUGGGUUUGGGGGUAGGCAUAUGAAGCUGCCUUCUCCUGAGUCAGCCCAGUGAGGUCUCUCCUGGCUCUUAGCCGCUGGUCAGGGUAUCUCAAUCCUGCAAUCCUUUUGAGUCAAAAUCCUGGGGAGUGAGUUGGAGAAUUCUGAGUGCAAAACCGGUGCUCUGUCAGUGAGCAGUCACCUCUCCAGAUGUGGAAGGAGAAAGAACUUGCCCAUGUGAAGACCACCUGGUGGAAACCCUUACAUAUAUGGUUCUUAAUUUUAAACUAUAUGCCGAUCUCCGCCAGCAAUUUCUAGACCAACUCUGUAUCCCCAAAUGGAAACUAGAGUUGGAGGUCAUACAUUUUCUAUUACUGGGGAAUGAUCAGGAGCUC